AUAUAGAAAUUCAUUUCAAAAUUAAGGAUUAUCUUCCUCGUGCAUAUGCUCUGGCCUGGAGGUUAUAAAACUUUUACCGUACUCAUACUCAAACUCGUACUCCGUGCUCCGAGUAUGUGCUCCGUUGAGUACCGUUCUCAAAACCGAGAUUAUAAAACUCUGAGUUCGUUCUCCACUGAGUCGGGAAUUGAUGCUGUACUCAAGAACCGGUAUUGGAAAUCUUCAGACUUUUAAGGUAAGAUUGUUUUACAUGUAAACAUAAAGUACUAUAUCGGGGCCUCCUAUACACAUGCCAUACAUGUUUACAUAUUUAAAUGUCAAUACAUAACGCGUAUAACGUCACAAUAUAUCAUCGUCUGCUGUUAGCAAUUUACAAUUAGACUUAAGUAGGGAAUAUGGAGGAGAAACAAAAGAUUAAACGGAAAUGGAUGGAGAAUGAGGAAACUGCCCUCAUCCAAUAUGUUUUGGAGAGGGAGGAAGAGCUUUUUGGAGACAUGAAGGGGGCGGGAUCGAAGAAAAAGGCGGCGUUAAAGCGGGAGGGAUGGGACGAGAUAUGUCAAAUGCUAAACUCACAAUUCAUAAGUCUUCGAAGAGAGCCAGAUGAAAUUAAGAAGAAGUUCUUCAAUCUGAGGCAGAGAGCAAAGGAGAAGAUAGAUUUUAUUAAGAGAGCACUGAGAGGCACUGGAGGGGGUCCUGCUCCACCACCCUUGACAGCUGGGGAGGAAGCUGUGGCACUAUCCCUUCAGAAUAGACCGGUGGCAGGUGGAAUUGAUGGAGGGAUAGAUACGGAUGAAGCCCCUAGUACAUCUGCAGACAAUGUUGAGCCUCCUGCAGCUGAGCCUCCUGCAACUGAGCCCCCUGCAGCUGCAGCAACAUUUGAUGAGACAGUGCAUGCAGAGUGUGACAUGAUGUCUGCCAGGAAGAAGCUAAAGAAAUCAGACACAAAGGAGCAACAGAGGGCCCUGUUAGAGAACAUCAGGCUGGACAACAGGCGUCUGGAGUUGGAAAUCACAAAAUUGCAGAAUGAGUCAGAGAAACUUAUAGUGGAGACAAAUUUUUAUAAAACAAAGACUUUGUACAUUCAGAAAAAGAUGCAGAAUGAGUUUCAAAUGUCAAUAGAGUCAUAAGUAUUUAAUAUUUCCAACUUCCGUCUUUGUUAUACAUUCUUUGGUUGAUUUUAUAUCUGCUAAAUCAGUACAUGAAACUAUUAGCUACUUAGAAAGUUUAGAAUUCCUUCACAAGAAAUAUCAAAAAAUCAUAAAUUUAUUACCAUUUCCUGGGGUGUUUUUUAAUUUUAAAAAUUGUUGUCCAUCCUGAUGUUCCCUCCUCCAAUGUCAUGUCUAAUACUGCAAUUUCUGUGAUUGUCUGAUAUUUUUAAAGUUAAAAUUUUCUUUUAUAAUUAUGAAUUAAAAUAUGUUAUUUGAAAAAUAAUAUUACUUAGAUUAAAUUAGACAAAAGUUGUCUUUACUAUGAAGUAUAUGUACCACCUUAAAAAGGUUUUUUUUUUUGCAAAUUAGUUGUACACAGAUUAUAUGAAAUCAUAAUUGUCAUUACACUAGCAUAUACAUGUAUGUAAAUAUUUAUAGAAUGUGUACAGAACUUUCCAAUUUCUUUAUGUAAAUUUCCUCUCUUUUUAUACAAAACUAGACUGUAGAAAAUGUAACUUUCUUUGAGUUUUUAAAGUACAUGCACAUGUGUUUACUAUUCUAUAAUGCAUUUGGUGAAUAUCUAGUUUUUAAGCAUUUUGUAAAAGUGAUUUAAAUCAUCAUGCAUUUCUACAUAAUGAGAAAUGUAUAUCAGUGUAAGUGUACAUUUCUUAAAUUAUGAAUUAUAUCAGAUUGAAAUGUAGAGGUUUAUAUAUGUGUGAUUGUUAGAGAGUUCGAGUAGUAUUCAAGUAUUUUUACUUUAUAUAUUUUUUUUUGUAUGAUAAGUAAUAUUACAAAUACUUGUCACACAGAUGUCUGAUAUAAGUUUAUUCAGUCUAUGAUUAUAUAAGUGAUUGUUGCAUACCAUAAAUGAAUUUAUCAAUAAUAUCACAUAUUAAGUCAAUAGCAAAAUCUAAAUUCUUUAUCAAUAUAGUGCUGUUAAGGGGAAUAACUCUUGAUUGUAAACUACAUUGUAAGGUAGUUUUAAACAUUUUGUUGUAAUCUAUGUUGUGUGUGUGUGUGUGUGUGUGUGUGUGUGUGUGUGUGUGUGUGUGUGCGUGCGCGCGCUAUUGGUCCCAGAUAUUAUUUUUGGGCUGAAAAUUUAUAAAACACCUGUGUUGAACCUAAUUAAUUUAAACAAUAUUUUGUUGUGUAUAAUACAUAAAAGGAUUGGACAACAGGUGUUGCCUAUAUAAGCCCUCUCCAUACAAAUACAUGGUCAAGGUCAUACAGAUAUAGUUAUUAUGUAAUGAUAAUGAAGCAAUAUGAUAUUUUAAAAUACAUUUAUAUAUGUUUAACAUUUUCCAUUUCUCUGAUAAUUUACAGCUUGAUGUAUGAAUGACAAAUAUAAGUUAUGUAUGGGUAUAGAAAUUUACUUCACAGGAAAAAGAUAUAAACAAGUUGGUUCUGUGGUUUGAGAAUGAAACAUUUUAAGAAAUUAAACAAAUCUAUUUGUAGACAAAUAAAUAAAUUCAUGCACAAUUUUGAAAAUUGUAACAUUUUAGUUAUAACUGAGAUUAUUGUCACCAUACAAAAUAAGUUCUAAGGAUAAAGGUAAUUGUAAUUGUAGAUCAUUAAAACUUUGUAUCAGUA